CUUUGCCCGGCGCUGGUGACUCAGAGUGCUCGCGGGAGCGCCGCAUCUACACCGGCCAACCCAGAUCCCAAGGUCCGACAGCUCCCUGCCGAGAUCCCUAAGCCUGCCAGGAGCCAGCCGCAGCGGCGUGCGCUCUCCGACCCCGAGCAGUCUCUGUGCUUUGGCCUGAGCCCCGCGACCUUUCCGGGACCCCUGCCCUGCGGGCAGCGCUGCCACCCUGCCGGCCAUGGAGACUCCGUCCCAGCGGCGCGCCACCCGCAGCGGGGCGCAGGCCAGCUCCACCCCGUUGUCGCCCACCCGCAUCACCCGGCUGCAGGAGAAGGAGGACCUGCAGGAGCUCAAUGACCGCUUGGCGGUCUACAUCGACCGUGUGCGCUCGCUGGAGACGGAGAACGCAGGGCUGCGCCUUCGUAUCACCGAGUCUGAAGAGGUGGUCAGCCGCGAGGUGUCCGGCAUCAAGGCCGCCUACGAGGCCGAGCUCGGGGAUGCUCGCAAGACCCUCGACUCGGUGGCCAAAGAGCGCGCUCGCCUGCAGCUGGAGCUGAGCAAAGUGCGCGAGGAGUUUAAGGAGCUCAAAGCACGCAACACCAAGAAGGAGGGAGACCUGCUGGCGGCCCAGGCCCGGCUCAAGGACCUGGAGGCUUUGCUCAACUCCAAGGAGGCCGCGCUGAGCACCGCUCUCAGUGAGAAGCGUACUCUGGAAAGCGAGCUGCACGACCUGCGGGGGCAGGUGGCCAAGCUUGAGGCAGCCCUGGGUGAGGCCAAGAAGCAGCUUCAGGAUGAGAUGCUGCGGCGGGUGGAUGCCGAGAACAGGCUGCAGACCCUGAAGGAGGAACUGGACUUCCAGAAGAACAUCUACAGCGAGGAGCUGCGUGAGACCAAGCGCCGCCAUGAAACUCGCCUGGUGGAGAUCGAUAACGGGAAGCAGCGCGAGUUUGAGAGCCGGCUGGCGGACGCCCUGCAGGAACUGCGGGCCCAGCACGAGGACCAGGUGGAGCAGUACAAGAAGGAGCUGGAGAAGACGUACUCUGCCAAGCUGGAUAACGCCAGGCAGUCUGCAGAGAGGAACAGCAACCUGGUGGGGGCGGCCCACGAGGAGCUGCAGCAGUCCCGCAUCCGCAUCGACAGCCUCUCGGCCCAGCUCAGCCAGCUCCAGAAGCAGCUGGCAGCCAAGGAGGCCAAGCUUCGGGACCUGGAGGACUCGCUGGCCCGUGAGCGGGACACCAGCCGGCGGCUGCUGGCAGACAAGGAGCGGGAGAUGGCCGAGAUGCGGGCAAGGAUGCAGCAGCAGCUGGACGAGUACCAGGAGCUGCUGGACAUCAAGCUGGCCCUGGAUAUGGAGAUCCACGCCUACCGCAAGCUCCUGGAGGGCGAGGAGGAGAGGCUGCGCCUGUCCCCCAGCCCUACCACUCAGCGAAGCCGUGGCCGCGCCUCCUCCCACUCAUCGCAGACGCAGGGUGGGGGCAGCGUCACCAAAAAGCGCAAGCUGGAGGCCUCCGAGAGCCGCAGCAGUUUCUCGCAGCACGCGCGCACCAGUGGGCGUGUGGCGGUGGAGGAGGUGGACGAGGAGGGCAAGUUCGUGCGGCUGCGCAACAAGUCCAACGAGGACCAGUCCAUGGGCAACUGGCAGAUCAAGCGGCAGAAUGGAGAUGACCCCCUGCUGACGUACCGCUUCCCACCGAAGUUCACCCUGAAAGCUGGGCAGGCGGUGACGAUCUGGGCUGCAGGAGCUGGGGCCACCCAUAGCCCCCCUACUGACUUGGUGUGGAAGGCGCAGAACACCUGGGGCUGCGGGAGCAGCCUGCGCACGGCUCUCAUCAACUCCACAGGGGAAGAGGUGGCCAUGCGCAAGCUGGUGCGCUCCUUGACUGUGGUCGACGACGACGAGGACGAGGAUGGAGAUGACCUGCUCCAUCACCACCAGCACGGCUCCCACUGCAGCAGCUCGGGGGACCCGGCUGAGUACAACCUGCGAUCUCGCACCGUGCUGUGCGGGACGUGCGGGCAGCCUGCCGACAAGGCGUCUGCCAGCGGCUCGGGAGCCCAGGUGGGCGGAUCCAUCUCCUCUGGCUCUUCCGCCUCCAGUGUCACAGUCACUCGCAGCUACCGCAGUGUGGGGGGCAGUGGGGGUGGCAGCUUCGGGGACAGUCUGGUCACCCGCUCCUACCUCCUGGGCAACUCCAGUCCCCGGACCCAGAAACCCCAGAACUGCAGCAUCAUGUAAUCUGGGACCUGCCAGGCAGGGGUGAGGUGGAUGUCUCCUGCUUCCUCCUCACCUCAUGCCCAACCCCUGCCCUGGGCCUCAUGGGAGGUGCUUCAAAGCCAAAGAAAAAUGCCCCUUUGGUUUUUUUCUUCUGUAUUU